AAAAAUCAUUGAAAACUAAGCAGCAAAUUCUUCAGUAAAAAAAAAAAAUUAACAAGAAAAAAUGGAGCUGUGAAUUGAAACACUUCAAGAUUGUAACUUUUUGAUUCAAUGGAGUGUUUUUCUUCACCAGGCUGGUUUUCCAUAUCUACUCCUUUUCUUGGACUGAAAAGUAAGAAUAAAUUUAGUUUGAAUAGAAAAUAUAGAAGCUUUAAUAAAGAUGGAAGUAGGUGUAUGAGUAUGAGCCAGACAGCAGAUGAAAGCUCUGGUUUUUCUUACAAGAAGUUGAUUCAUUUUGCUUUAGAAGAAACCAACACACAUACCCUUUUGGCCCCUUCUCCAUUGCAGGAGAAAUACAGUUCUUUAUUGGCCAUGGAUGACAAAACGGAACUACAAAUGCUUUCUUUUGAAGCCCCUAAAAUUCGACUCCUUCGGAGUCUAUGUAUUGAAGGGAGUGACGGCAUGCAGGUAUUGGAUUUUGCUGCAUUCCCGAAACCGGAAUAUGAUCUGCCUAUCUUCUGUGCCAACUUUUUCACUACUGCUAAGAUGAACAUAAUUGUACUGGACCUCAACCCAUUGCAUGACAUCAUGGAUCAAGAAGAUUACAAGGAGAAGUACUAUAAAGACUUGAUUCCUCUAGGCCUCAAGUAUUCUGAGCUUUUACCCUGGGGAGGGAAGCUCACCAGCGAGUCUCUGAGAUUUUUUUCACCAAUAGUCAUAUGGACAAGAUUCUCAUCUAGUCCACACAACCAUUCAGUUUUAUUUUCUGCAUUCAAGGAAUAUUACCAGGCAUGGCUUGAGCUAAUGGAUAGAUCAGACGAGGAAACUGAUGCUUUCCAAAUCGCUCUCAAUUGUGAAGCUCAGCAUAAAUAUUUGACAUGGAGAUCUGAAAAAGAUCCAGGACAUGGAGUUCUGAAAAGACUGAUAGGGGAAGAUCUUGCCAAGAAUGUGAUUAGGGAAUUCCUAUUCAAUGGUGUUAGUGAUCUUGGGAGCAAAACAUUUCUUGAUUACUUUCCUGAGUACAGAUGUGAAGAUGGUAAAGUAAAUGAAAAGCGCAGUAUGAUCGGAAAAUCAUUCGAAAAUCGACCAUGGAAUGCGAGAGGAGAAUUCAUAGGUGAUAGAGUUAAGAUAGUCUGAUGUAAUAUUUACAAAUUUUUAUUUUCUUUACAUCGUAUCUGUCAAUUAGCCGAUCCCAACUUGUAUGGGAUUUAGUAGUAGUAGUAGCAGCAGCUGUUGUUGUAGUAGUAGUAGUCGUCUCUGUCAAUGUCAAUCUUGACAGUUUGAUGCAGGAGGAUAAUUCAUAGGUGAUAGUGUCGGAUCAAUAACAACGACUACAUAUCCAGUGUAAUUUCACAAGUGGGGUUAGGGGAGAGUGUUGUGUACGUAGAGUCGCAGACCUUACCCUACCUUGUGAAGGUAGAGAGUGUUUUCCGAUACCCAAUGUAAUCUGUUGUAUCUUUCACAUGUUCUCUUUAUUCUUCUUUAUUCAAUCUCUGUCAAUGUAUAUAGUUCAUCACA